AGGCCUUCAGUCUACUGUUAGCAGUCGGGAAAAUCGCAUUGAAUGAAAACUAGCCUUUUAUAUCGGUAUUUAAUCUUAGAGUUUGUGAGGGAAAAGUUGCACAGAAGUUCCCUGAAAGUGUGAGAAAAGUUCGAUUCGGCACGAUCUACGUCCACCACCAGUGGUGUUAAGGAUCGUUGCAAGGUGUUAACAGUGUUCUGUUGGAUUUGAUAACGGUUCGGUUUUUCUUUCCGUAUGAUAAGUGAGAAAAUCGAACGUGGAAAAGCUCAACCCACCUUUUCAAGUGAAAACUGCAGGUGGAAGUAUUCGUGCAGGGUUGACAUACGUGUGCAAUUUUUGUUACGUUUGUUGCUUUUGCCCCGUGUCGUAUCGGCGGCUAAUUGUGUUGUAUCGAUUUUUCCUUGGCGUUGAGUUAAGUUUCAAGUUUCUCGGUUCCGGCUUGGCCGCAAACGUAAGGAAGCAACAACAGCAACGGUAUCAUCAACACGGCGAGCCGCAGUUUGGAAAUAGCGUGAGCGGUUGGAAUAGGUUCUGUUUAAUUCUACUGAGUUGUUAUUGCUAUUUUGUUGCAUUAAGCAGCAGAGCUCUGUCAUUACUUGGCGAAAUCGGCGUGUUAAGCAGAAUUAUCUAGCACACAGUCCAUGUUGUGUAUUGCGCAAAGCGUAACUAGAAUACCCAAGGUGUUUAUAGAGUUAAAAGUUGAAAGAUCCGUCGGCACGGUUAUUAUUGAAGAAUAGAACCAAAACAAAUUAACAAAUUAAUUCAAACUGCCACACCAAGUCAGUGAAGUGUAAAUACAUCAUAGUUCAUUAGACGUGAGUUCAACGAAAUGCUUAACUAUUCGUUUGUGCAUAGAUUACCGCCAAGAAUUUUCAAUGAAUAGCUACGCAUAACAAGAAUACCUACGGGAAAGCUAUUGCAGUAGAAUCAAGUGUAAAUACCUUCAGUGUGGGAAACUUUAAAACAAAUUAAACCAAAGUCUAAUCACAACCAAAAGCCACCAAAGAAAAACCAGUUAAAUAGUUGCAGUUACAUUUGAAGCUCCCUCCGGCAGACACUGUAUUUCGAAUAUAAUAACCGUCUUUGUGUAGUGUGUGUACAGUAAGAAGCUUGAAACAAAGCCCCAGCGCUCAAGUGUACGCGUUUAUGAGCUGACGUGAUCGCGUCUAGCGAAGACAACUAAUACGGAGCACCGCGGGAAAAUAGAGCAGAGCAUCCAAUACCCCUAGUUAGUACGGCAAAAAUUAUUCUCAUCAGUUACCCUUUCAAAAGGCUUUGUGCAUAAAAAAUCGAAAAAAAACAAAUGAUAGCAUAACUAAUCGCGGAAAGGUAAAUAAACUAAGAGAUAUAACCAUACGAUCCGUGGAGCAAUCCGUUGCCAGGAGAGAAAGAAGAAAUAAGCCACCGACUGGAAAGAAGAAUCAGCAGAAAGUCGGAAACGUGAAGUUGUAACGAGGAAGAGAAGAGUGAGUGAGUGUAGCGUUCAAGCAUUGGCUUUCGUUCAACCGAGGAAAGCACAGUUUCAAUCAAAAUAUUUUUGCUACUAGACGCGCAAACCGACUGCUGGAAAUCUGCUACAGCAGAUCUGAGCUUGGGGAGUGCACGGAAGAAUAAAAAAAAAGGAAUUUUUAAUUUAACCCGGUGGAAACGGUCGCAUUAGCGUGAUUUUUUUCGUUCACCUGCGCCACCGCCAUCAUCCGCCAAAUCACUCGUGUCCAACAGCAUAGCGGGAAAAGAUCGUCAUCGGUGCUAGCCACCGUCACUCCUGUCGUUUGCCCGUAGCACCAUCACCUCCAUAGAAAUCGCUGGAAAAUCCAAUUACAUUCGGACUUUGAAUCGGCACAUGGUGUUCGAUUCAAUAGUGCGUCCAUAAAUUCCGUCACCAUUUCGUCGACAGUGGUGAAACGAAGGCCAGCGCCGCAAAUCACGGUAGCGAGCGCCCCACAAGUCCUAUCGCCGAAGCGUCUGUGUACGACUCCGCUGGCCGGUGGAGCGACGAUUCCGGCCUUAGGUACCUGUCUGGUUUCUGCCCAUCCACCGGCUUCGGCUGCAGCCGCCGCAGCCGCCGCAGCACUGUUGCAACAUCACCAAGCCCAGGCGGCCCAACAUCACCAAUUUCAGCAACAGCAGCAACAACAACAGCAACAACAUCAACAGCAGCAGCAACAGGCUCGGCUUCAGAACCAACAUCACCAGCUGCUAGAGUCGACCGGCGUAACCGUACCGACUUCCGUGCAUCAGCAGCAGCUAGUGUCACUUCCGCUAGCCAUCAGCAGCAACAGCCCGCAACCAAUGUUCACAUCACCGAUCGUUGCCCAGUCUAAUCCGGCUGUCAGUACGCAGUCCAUCAACGGAUCGUUGAACGUGAACGCGGCCAACAACAACCACAACCUCGGACAAACGCAGAACAGUCUCGGCAGUGCGACGAAAAUGGACAACUCGAUGGGACAGAUGACCCCGAUGGCCCCGCUGGCCCUCUCGCAGAGCAUGGAUUCGGUCAACACAGCCAGCAAUGAAGAAGAGGUGCGCACUCUAUUCGUCAGUGGGUUACCAAUGGACGCAAAGCCUCGCGAAUUGUACCUCCUGUUCAGAGCCUACGAAGGCUACGAGGGAUCCCUGCUAAAGGUUACUAGCAAAAAUGGCAAGACAGCAUCGCCGGUGGGCUUUGUCACGUUCAGCACACGUUCCGGAGCAGAGGCGGCCAAACAGGAUCUGCAGCAAGGUGUACGCUUCGAUCCUGAUAUGCCCCAAACAAUACGCUUGGAAUUCGCCAAGAGUAACACUAAAGUGAGCAAACCAAAACCACAACCUAAUACAGCGGCCACAGCUGCACAUCCUGCAUUGAUGCACCCACUUACUGCUGGACACUUAGGUACUCCGUUUUUUCCUGGGAGCCACGAGCUAUGGCAUCAUCCGUUAGCGUUCUCAGCAGCCGCUGCUGAACUGCCCAGUGCUGCCGCCUUGCAGCAUGCGACCCUUGUCCAUCCGGCACUGCAUCCUCAGGUCCCGGUGCGCUCCUACCUCUGACUAAAUACGGACAAAGUCCUCGAGCAGCAGACAAUGCACCAAGGGAGCGGGUUUGGAGCCAAGAAUGGAACACCAUUUGGGGAAGAAGAGUGAACGAACCGAUCUCAACACCUACUUGAUGGCUACAACUUGACCCCAUCAGCAACAGCAACAACCAUAUCAGCAACAAAACCACCAUCAAACAGCAACAGUCAUCGGCAACUCCUACAUCAACGGAUCUAACGGAAACGGACUGGGAUUUGAGUUCGGAAACGGCAUAUCCGCUGGACGUUUCAAUCAUGUGAGCAACAACUGCAACAACAACAACGGACUCUACACGAUUGCCGUUCCGCAGCCCAGGGCGUGAACUGUGACGGCGUCUUUUUGAAAGAAACAAGAAAAACUGGAAAUGAAGUGUAUAAAUAUUGCUGUGAAGUAUUCACACGCCGUUUGUUUUACAAAUUCAUCCUAGAGGAAGCAGAAUCGUUUAGUUGUAAAUGUGAUAAAUGAAGACCAUGUUUGGCCCCCCAAUUGAACCAUAAUGUGCCCUAGAACGAUUUUUAUACGAAACUUUGUUGAACUUCUUCUUCUUCGACUUUCUUCUCGGUUACACCUGUUAUCAGCCUAUUGCUUUUUCGUUGAACCGUACUUACGAUAGAUAUACAAUUCGAGUAAUGGGACGAUGGUGAAGCUCCCUUUGGAAAGACAUGCACAAAAGUGCUACACACAAAAAACAAGAAUAAUACAUGUGAUUAGGGUUUCAAAGUGUUUCAGUUAGUUUUUAACGAAACCAUGGAAGAAGAGUAAACAAACAAACGGUAGCUCAUAGGAAAAUGGCGUAUAAGCAAUAGCAAACUAAAUUGUAAAUGAAAAUAUCCAUGCAUAUCAAAGAUUUUUUUAAAUCGACAAAAAAUGGGAACGAUAUAGUUUGUAAAACUGCAUACAUAGUUACGUAAGGACGCAUACUGUAGGAAGUAACUGCUAGGCAAUAUUGAAGGGCAUACAAAACCCAAGAUCCGUUUCCGACAGGUUAAAUUGAGUGGGAGAUUUUUUGUUGAUAAUUAUCGUUUAACGAGCGGCAUUAUUAUCAUACUGUGGUCAGAGUAGCAGUAACAAACAAGUAGCAUUGGGACAGACAUGCUCGGAGUAGUUAUAAAUCAUGUUUCAGACAAAAUUAUUGCUCUUCAUCAAAAGUAAAUUUUAUCCAAGAAAGAAAUCAAUUCAAUGCUAAAUUUAUCGUUAUCAUCAAACUAAGCUAGAGUUAGGUUAAUAAGUACAUCAUCACAGAUCGUCGGUGUGAAUUUGGCGGAUUGAAGCGGAACUAUCUGGGAUCUUUCUGAAAGCAAGAUCUGAAGUCUACAAGAUACGCGAAGUUACCGUCAAUUACACAUUAGAGGACACCAAAGAGACGUAUCGGUUCCUGUCAGCAGUAAAGCAGAGGAAAUCGACCAGUCAAUCAUGUUGAAAUUACGAAAUUAUGCAACAUAGAAGCUAUAAGUACCAAAGUAUGCUUGCAUUCCAAGAGAUUCCCAGGCAACAUCACGUAUACUGUGCAUGGAGGGUCUCUUCUGUCAACCGAAUUCACCACCAAGAUCAGAAGAAAAUUACAUCAUUUGUAUAAAAUAUCUCUUAGAAGUAAAGGUCGAAGUACCGGCUAAUCGGUCUUAACAUAGCAAUAAGUAGUGAAACUUUAUUCGGUGUUCGAUUCAGUGAGUGAAUAAAAGCUUCUCUGGAGGAAAUCAGCAACACAAUUCUAGGCAAACAUUACCAAAAGUGAAGGAAGAGGCGUUGCAGGUUGAGAGCACGUGACAGAUAUCUACUUUUUUUCAAACUAACUAAUUCGAAUCCAUAGAAUUCCGAUUGGAAAAGUUUGAAAGCAAAGGUUCGGUGAUGUGCAUUAACCUGUUUCGCCAAGCAGUGCAGCCAGACGAAUGGAUGCGAUAGAAGGGAUAGGAAAGCAAAAAAAUAGAAAGGGGAAAAUUUCACCGAAAAUUUCCAACCAUAAGGUCUGCAAGGAAAGCAAGAAAACGAAGGAAAAGGCACAUGAAGUGAAUAAUCAUUCCGUCCAAUACAGUGUGUAGUUAAAUCGGAUGAGUAUGGAUCUGUUUUCAAGAUGACAAUCUGUAUCUUGAUCCGGCCCCCAAAGGAAAGUCCGAUGUGUCCCAAAAACGAUUCCGGCACUGCUGCUCACAACUGGAACAGUACCCGGGCAAACCGAAUGGGAUUCCCCGGAAACUACUUUUGCGUGGGAGCUUAAUGAAUACAUAUCAGCUUUGGGUUAAACAUUACAUUGUAAGGAAAGUGACAUAGCUUAGGUAACAAACAGUAGCAAGUAAGUGAACUUUAUUGUCUAACUACUCCAGCGAACAAAUUUUAUCAUCUCUGGCAAACAAAAAAAAUAACAAAAAAUAUUGGGAAAAUAUCAAAAAGUGAAUCUUACAUGAACGCUGGAUUUUUCUUUUCAACAUUUUUAUUGAACACUAGGGAUAUUCAUCUUAUUAAACUAAACAAUAGGGUAUGUAGCUUGAAUGAAUGUAAUUGUAAUAAAAUAUGUGAUAAAUGAUCUAGAAAAAAAAUGUUGAGCUGCGUAAGCCGCCAAGAGAAAUCUGGCACAGAAAAUCAAACUGAUCGAGUCUUGUGCAAUAACAAGAUUCGGCGUUUGUGAAAAAAAAGAUGUAUCAAAGAGCAGACGAGGCCGAUUUUAUCAACACAUGAAAACAAAUAGACACAUUCUCUCACUUGUUUAUAUGUACACCGCUGCAAUGAGUGUAGUUGUAACUUUGAGUAAUCGAAUGAUAUCGUUUCUAACGACCUAGGAGUGUUGACAUAACUAUCAUAUUAACGGAAUAAUUUUAAGCAUCCCCCAUACAGGAGUUUUUGAGCGAUCUUUUUGAGAAUUUAGUAAGUCUCAGAUUACUAAUCAAACUUUAAAUGCCUUCUAGCUUUAUUUAAAACUACUUGUUGACUAUAUGCCGUCUUUGUAAAGCUAAGUUGUAGCUGUCCGGUUCUUGGGUUUGAUUUAUUAGUUCUGUAAUGAAGAAAUGAAAUCGAUACAAAAUGAUUCAAACAAAAUGCAUGCAAACUAGACUAAAUGGAAAUAAGUAAAUGAAUUAUUCUAUGGACAAAAAGUGUUACGAUAAAUCAAUAAUUCAAACAUAUCAAUUUCGUGCCCGAUCAUAUUGAAGAGAAAAUUUAUUGAAGAAAUGUAAGCAUAUAUAAAAACGUAGCUGACGAGAAAUAUAAUAUAUUAACUAUACAUUUACUACUACAUUGAGCAAAAUGAAAGUAUCACUAAACAAUUAAAAGUACGCUGAAAUUGUAACUUGUGAAAAAAGCAACUAAUAUUGAUGUAUCUGUUCAAACAAUAUGAUAGGAUCUACCGAUAACAAGCGGAUUAAAACGAAAAAAAAAAACAAACACGUACUACCUUUCGGCUGUCAUUCAAUUACUCGCACUAGAAUCAUGAAGCUGAGGGUGUCUUUUUCCAUCCAACGAAUCGUUUUUGCUCUCUGACUGUCUCAAUCGAUGUUCGAAAGUCAACGAGUGAUCAAUACUGACGUUCAUUAGAGGUUAACACUGAACAUGGUAUCGUGCGGUUGUUAAGACGCGACACUAUUGGGUGUAAGAUGUUAUGCGUCUUGCACAGUGUAUUCUGUGCUUUUCGGUUACUGGUGUCUUUCAAUGGAUGCCGAUCUGAUGUUU